AUGGCUCGAGAAGAAUGGACAAGUCAAUACUUGAUUAGUUUGCAAGCACCGACUAUUACAAUUGAUCGUUACAUAGAAUAUCUGGAAGGAAAAAUCACUGAGAUGGAAGCAGAAAGAUUGUUCUUUUGUCAAUGUGAUGAACAGGAACAAUGGUCAGGAGCAAAUUGUGAAUAUAAAUGGGCAUCAGACUAUGAAUACCAGAUAUUUUACCGUAAAAAGAAGGACACAGUGGAAUCGCGUAUAGAUAUUACUUCUGGUUCUUGCUACCUCGGCAUUUUGAAUUGUUCCGCAACAUGUCUAGAUUGGCGCGAAGUUUGUGAUGGUAAAUGGGAUUGUGACAAUGGGCUUGAUGAGGCUGGAUGUGGACAAUUCGAACUUUUAGAUGAAUGUCAAUAUCCUGCUGAAUACCGUUGUACUAAUGGUCAUGGUUGCAUUCCAACUGAUUUUGCCUUUGAUUUCGACUAUGAUUGUGCUGAUGGAAGUGACGAGCAAGGUGAUGUGAGCGAUUGCUUCCAAUUGAUCUCAAUGAUUCAAUGCCUCGAACAUCAAUGUGGAUGGGAUUCAUUCUCUUGCGGUGAUGGUCAUUGUGUAGAAAGACUGUUCCAUGCGCAUGAAGAUCGUGACGAAUAUGAUUUGUGCAUGAAUCAUCGUGAUUGGCAUUAUGAUAAAGAAUUAAUUUUCAAAUUAGAUAAUAUGAAUACAAGCUGUUGGUUCGCAAUACUCUGCCGUCUGGGUCUGAAUGAAUACUAUGAAGACGCAGAUUGCAGUGUUCAUCUAAUAAGUCUAUGUUAUGAUGAAUAUGCUGUCUUUCCAUUUCGCCGUGCAUUAUUGUUAGAGUAUGACAUUCGCUUUAUUUAUACACGGGAUUCUCUUCGCUCAAAAUCGAAACGCAAUCUUAUCAAUCCUGAUUACGUCUGUUUUAAUGUGAGUAAAUGUCAAAGUCGCUCAACUUUAUUUACAUUCGGUCAAUAUAUAUGCGAAGCUGCCAAUCAAUUUUUCCGACAAUCAUUUGUAAAGAAUGAAUGGGCGUUGCUCUUCUCAGAUCUCAAAGAUAUCUUAAACAUUCGAUGUUCUUCGAUUUAUCCUCAAUUAGAUAUGCUGGAAAGUGUCGAUUCAUGCGCUAAUCUUUUUCAAUGUGGUCAAAAUUCAACUCGUUGUAUAUCACGUCAUCGUGUUUUCGAUGGUAUAAUCGACUGCGGCGAUGCAUUUGAUGAAGACUACGAAUACACUUGCCAAUUAAAUAUAACCAGUCGAUUUCAAUGUGGUAGUUCGAUGCCAAAACGCUGUAUUCCACGUAAAAUGCUGAUUAAUGGGGAAAUCGACUGUCCAGAUGGAUCUGAUGAAAUUUUUCCAGGCGAAUAUGCGUUCUUUGUUGCACGUGAUACAAUCGAUUUUCGUGGUGCCUGGCUUUUUAGGAUCACGCCGACAAUGCGUCUGUUACCAUCACAGCGUAUCGCUGCUCAACUAUGGUUAGAUGUUUUUAAACAUAUGUCAACUUGUUCUUUCAAUUGUGGUCGCCACGGAAUAUGCCGAAAAUAUCUAAAUGAUAUUGCUCAUCCAUACUAUUGUCAAUGUGACCCGGGCUGGAUAGGCGAACAAUGCGAAUAUUUUCGACAAUAUCGAUGUGCAAUUGAAUCUUUCAGUAUUCGUUCGACAAUUUGUGUUUGCCCUUUAACACGAUUUGGACCUACAUGUCGUGUUCCACAUGAUCCUUGCGAAACAAAGACAAAUACUAAAUUUAUCUGUGCUAAUAAUGGUACAUGUCUACCAGACGAUCCCCGAGUCCAUGGUCAAUAUAUUUGCAUAUGUCCACUUGGUUUUCAAUCAACACGAUGUGACAAACCAGCAUUGGGGACUCGUAUUACAAUCAAUGAAUCAAUGUCAUUUGCCGCUAUUCUUGUCUACUUUGUUCGUUUUUAUAAACGAUUGGAUGUUCCAUUAGUAAACCACAUAAAUCAGCUGAAGGAUUGGAUAUUGAACAUUCAAAGUACAUAUUUGAUGACGGAACCUAUUACGACAAUUUAUCAGCGCUCAGGAUGGGUCGAAACUUCAGCUGACUACUUAAACUAUCUUGUUUUCGCUCAUGUAUUCACAAAACAAUAUGAAAACGCACGACCAAGAUUAUAUUUAAUAGGAAAAGUUGUACUAUCUAGCAGUCCAUUUGAAGCAUUUAUUAAAAACGGAACAAAAUUGUUCGAUUUCAGUCUUGAUACAUCUGUCACUCAGCAACACUGUCCUCAUAUUGACGAGAUCUUCAAUGAAACAAUUAUUAACUCAAAUCCCUUAAAACGCUUCAAAGUAUACAAUCGACCAUGUCAACCACCGUCAGCAGUAAGUUGUUUCUACGAUCAAACUUAUACAUGUCUUUGUAAUCGAGAAUAUGGUUUUGCCGAUUGUUUUAUACUCCAUUUUUCACGUGAUAAAUGUCUUGAAAAUAAUUUUUGUAUGAAUUCAGCACGUUGUGUACAAGAUGACCCGGAACAAAGUCCAUUGAAAUAUAUUUGUAUUUGCCCAUACUGUUUUCAUGGUACACUUUGCCAAUACUCAAGUACUAUCUAUUCUAUUUCACUAGAUGCAUUAUUUCAAUCGACAUUAAAACGGCAUGUAGGAAUUUUUCAACAAUCACCAAUAAUUAUAUUCUACUUUAUUUUUGCCUGUAUAUUAGUAUUUAUUGGAUUGAUUAGUAAUAUUCUUACAUUUAUGACAUUUUGCCAAAACAAAACACGUAAAACAGGCGCAGGAAUUUACAUUCUAAAUUUGUCUAUACUCAAUCAACUUAGUUUAUCGAUUUUUCUUAUUCGAUUUCUAUAUUUAUUUAUUCAUACGAUUCAGUUACCUUUGUGCAUCACACUUGAAUAUUUUAUCAAAGUGUUCCCAGGUACAUGCGACUAUUUGAAUGCUCUAGUUACCAUGGAACGAGCCUAUGCUGUUUAUAGUGGAUGUUCAUUUGACAAGAAGCGAAGUCGUCGUGUAGCCAUGUAUCUAAUUCCUCUUGUCGUUCUCAUACAAUUAAUUAGCUAUUUAUAUGAACCUAUGAGUCGUAUUCUCGUAGAAUCUCCAUCCGAUAGGACACUCAAAUGGUGUGUCGUUUCGUUCAUAUCAAGACCUUGGCUUCGAAUCUACAAUUUGAUUGUGAACAUGAUCCAUCUAUUUUUACCAUUUCUUCUCAAUAUUUUUGGAGCUGUAUUCAUUCUUUUUGAAGCGUCACGCCUUCGUGCUCGAGUACGCCAUCAAUAUAUAAUCACAAUUUUGACAGAACAAUUUCGAGAGCAUAAACAUAUACUGAUUAGUCCUAUUGUGUCUAUUGUGAUGUCCUCACCACGACUUAUAUUUGUCUUAACUAUUACUUGCCUCGAACCGAAUUCUUCUACUAAGGAUGCUCUUUUUAUCGGUUAUUUGUUAUCAUUUGGACCUCAAAUAUGUACUUAUUUAACAUUCGUUUUCGUCUCGUCCUUUUAUCAGAAAGAGCUGAGAAAAUUCUUACAGAAUAUAAUCAGUCGAUUAUCAGCUAUUCACUAAAUAGGUAACUUCUCGUAUUACACGAUGGACAAAUUGUAUUACAAACGCUAAAACGAACUCGACAGACUUUGUAUUGAUUCUAAAUGCAAACAUUUGAACAUUUAUAUGAGUUUAAAGUAUAAAUCUCGACCUGUUCGAGAAAAAGUAGAGAAAAAUAAAUUUAUUCUUAAGAAAAAGACCAGUGCUAUAUUUGAUAAAUAUAGAUUGAUUUUUGCUAAAAAUAGUAUCGCUAUGAUCGUCGAUAUGAAGCGUGAAGUGGAGGGGUCCACGAGAAUUUAAAGUUAUCCUGUUUUACUUUUCUAUACAUUAUUUACUCCCUUUAGUGCUUUUAGUCCCUUUAGUUCCUCUAAUGCCUUUAGUCCCUUUAGUUCCUUUACUCCCUUUAGUUCCUUUAAUGCCUUUAGUCUUUUAGCGCCUUUAGUGCCUUUAGUCCCUUUAGUCCUUUUAGUCCCUUUAG